CGCCCGCUCCGUGUGCGCCCGCCCGGCCGUGGGGGAUCGGGCCAGACCGUCCUGCCCGGGGGGCGCAGACCGGACCCCCCCGGCCUGAGCACGGGGGCGGGGGGCCGAUCCCGGACGGACCAUGUGGCCCGUCUCCUGCCUGCUGCUGGCAGUGCUGGUGGGCACGGCACUUGCACAGGAGCUGGAGGAACCUGAUACUUACACGGAAUGCACAGAUGGAUACCAGUGGGACUCAGACACACAGCACUGCAAAGAUGUGAACGAGUGUGAGACCAUCCCCGAGGCCUGCAAGGGGGAGAUGAAAUGCAUCAAUCACUAUGGCGGGUACCUGUGCCUGCCACGCUCAGCCUCCGUCAUCAAUGAUGUGCACUCGGAGAACGCUGCGCCCCCCAGUGCCCCUCGGCCCCGGCCUCCCCGACCCUCACUCACCGCCUCCCGUCACAAUGCCUGCCCCCAGGGCUACGAGCCUGAUGGGCAGGGCUCCUGCCUGGACGUGGACGAGUGUGAGUACGAGCUGCAUGACUGCCAGCCCAGCCAGGAGUGCAUCAACACGGCCGGUGCCUUCCACUGCAAGUGCCCCGAUGGCUACCGCAAGAUUGGCUCCGAGUGCGUGGACAUCGACGAGUGCCGGUACCGGUACUGCCAGCAUCGCUGCGUCAACUCCCCAGGCUCCUUUUCCUGCCAGUGUGAGCCAGGCUUCCAACUGGCCAGCAACAACCGCUCCUGCGUGGAUGUGAAUGAGUGUGAGAUGGGGGCACCAUGUGGGCAGCGCUGUUUCAACACCUACGGCACCUUCAUCUGUCGCUGCAACCAGGGCUAUGAGCUCGACCGCGAUGGCUUCACCUGCAAUGAUAUUGAUGAGUGCAGCUACUCCAGCUACCUGUGCCAGUUCCAGUGCAUCAAUGAGCCAGGGAGAUUCUCCUGCGACUGCCCCCAGGGCUACCAGCUCCUGGGCACCCGCCUCUGCCAAGACAUUAACGAGUGUGAGACGGGCGCCCACCAAUGCACCGAGGCCCAGAGCUGCAUCAAUUUCCACGGGGGCUAUCGCUGCGUGGAGAAGAACCGCUGCCUGGAGCCCUACGUGCAGGUGUCUGACAACCGCUGUCUGUGCCCUACCACAAACCCUCUGUGCCGGGAGCAGCCCUCAUCCAUCGUGCACCGUUACAUGAGCAUCACAGCUGACCGGACCGUCCCUUCCGACGUCUUCCAGAUCCAGGCCACCAGCGUCUACCCCGGAGCCUACAAUGCCUUCCAGAUCCGCUCUGGCAACGAGCAGGGGGAGUUCUACAUCCGGCAAAUCAAUAACAUCAGCGCGAUGCUGGUUCUGGCCCGGCCUGUCACCGGGCCCCGGGAAUACGUGCUGGACCUGGAGAUGGUGACUAUGAACUCACUCAUGAGCUACCGCUCCAGCUCGGUGCUGCGCCUCACCAUCUUCGUGGGAGCCUAUUCUUUCUAGUGCCCCAGCCUGGGUUGGCACUGGUCCCAAGGGGACAGUGCAGCUGGACCCAGCUUCGGCUCGCCGGCUCUGGAGAGACAUCAGUGGGGUACGGGACCCCAGCUGCCACACUGGAAACUGACAUGCAGCUGGGCCCAAAUCUCCCAUCCCUCGAGCCUGCCCCCGGGCUCUGCCCCUCCCUGGCUGGAGGCCCCCGAGCUGGGCUCCUGCUCAGACCGGAGGUGGGAUUUUGGCCGACUGUUCCACUUUUUGGUUUGAAAAAAGGAAAAUUUCAGUAAAAGCACCAAGACCAAA